AUGAAGCUGCACGCUCAGCAAUUGGGAUGGCUACUUCUUAUCGUCUUUUGCGCACUACACGCUACAAAGGCUGCGACCAAGAAUGACGUAUGGACAAGAUGUAUUCGGAAUAUACUGAGGUCGUUCACUCAGCCUCAACAAAACUUAUUAUGUGCCUCGAUCCACUCGAAUGGCCAAGAUCCGACAGCACCUGGACGAUGCGCUAAGAUAGCUUUGGGUGGGAGACCACUGCAGCCAGCGAAGUUUGCCUCACGAGGGGAGCUGCUGCGUGCUGCUUCUAUUAUCCAGCUCUGUUCAAAAGCGCAGAAUAUGGGCCCAGCAAAUUGUUGGAUUGCGAUUCCUGCUCAAGUACGGCAGCAAAUGCUUGUUGCGUUUGCAUCAACAAACACUGACGUGGAUUUAGAUUCUGAAGCUGCUGCGAUCCCUUUGGUUCGAGUUUGUAAACACGCUCAGGACGAUCGUCCCGCGCAGUGUUUACUACUUUGGCUUGAGAUGAGCAAAACCCUCAGCAGAAGGGAUGCUAGCGACGCACUCGAUGGUGCGGUUACAUUGUGCAAAAGUUUUGAUGGACAAACAUCGGCUCUGAAGCAAUGCAUGAUGCAGGUAACACCGCAUUUGAGAAUCGAGGCAGGUUCUCAGUUUCACAUUCUCCAACUUUGUCAGUUUAUUGGGGACGGCGAGAAUUUGGCUGCUGUCAUAAGGUGUGCCUCUAAACUCGGGAGGAAACAUAUUUUACCCAAUAUUAUCUCCCAAGUUUGUGCUGGAAUCUCCGACGUUACCCAACCACAAACUUGCUUUGUGGAAGCGCAGCAAAAGCUCCGCUGGAUGAGUCAAGAAGCACAAAUAUCCUUGUGUAUGGGUGCUGCUGAACGUGCGCCACUUGUCCCGGUAUACUGUGCCUUGGAGAUGAAGAAUAUUGCUCGAACCCUACCUUUUUCUGAUCAUGGUAAAUUUGUGGCAAAUUUGUGCCACGGUGCAACGAAUGCCACCACUGUCAUUCAAUGCGUAAAACUUGUUCCAGCGCACACCUUCACGGCCAGCCAUACUCUACGCCUUUGUGCAGCUUCUGCGAUGCCACCACCUCAGAUGCUUGAAAAUGACGACCCAGUAUCGCUAUAUCCUACGAGGUGUGCUACUCGGGCUCAGUUACUCCUCCAACGAUCACUGCGCAUUUCGGUUGACGAUUUAGGCAUGUCAGUACCUGCAGCCGCUGUUCACGUUUGUGAACAGGCCACGUCGGACGCACCCAGCAAAUGUUUAGCAGACACUCAGCGUGAUCGAGCACUGUCGGUCAAACUUCGUGUGCAGCUUUGCCAGCGAGCCACCUCAGAUUCACCGCAGCGUUGCGUCUGUUCACUCCGUAAAUUCAUAAAUGCGGGGCGUAUGGAUAUCUACAAUGCCGUGAUGACAUGUCGACAAACUGAAUCAAUAGGACCCGUGGAAUGCGUGGGGGAACUGUUUCACACGACUGCUUCAGUGACAGGAAAAGUGGCGGCUCAACUAUGUCAUGCAGCAAAAGACUCGGAGCCUGCUCAUUGUUUCGCCGCGUCUCCUGCUUUCUACGACGAUGAGCUGAAAGUUCUGCUUUGCAACCAGGCUGAAAGUUCAGCCCCAGCGUCAUGUGUGAACACCGUGAUUACUCGAUUCGCGAACCAACCAUUGGUGAAAGUAUCAUUGUGUCGAGGUGCAACCACCGCCGCACCUGCAGCUUGUGCCAUCGAGGCUCCAUUUGGUAUGGAUGAAACGAACGUAGUUGAGCUAUGUCGAUCGGCACAGAGUUCUACACCUGCAAAGUGUGCACAGGAACUGCCGAGAUCUCUAGGCGUGCCCUGGCUUAUGGUAGCUCAAGUGUGUACUGGUGCAACCUCAACAACUCCAGGACGUUGCUUGGCGCACCAUGUCCGUCACUCUCGAAUGCAUCUUCGUGCUCUUGAUGAAAAUCAAGUUGUGGCAGAGUGUCGGCUUGGUGUGGUACGACCGGCAGCUUUGGGAAUUGCUAAAGCGUCGUACAGUUGCCCCGAACUUCACCCUUUGUGCCCCUUGCAUAUCGUCGUAGACGUGCUGGAUCAAUACGGUCAUCCUUUGGUCGAUAGCCACCAUCAAGUUGUGUAUGUGAACGCUAGAUUUACCGAGAGUUAUGACCAGCAGCAUCAGUACUUCCACCGCAGGCAGCCAGUACUACAAGGACCAUCAUAUGCCAAGAUCGUCGACGGAUCUGCCGACUUCUCGAAUCUGCUCUUUACUGGAGUCGGCACAUUCACCCUCACAUUUCAUGCUGGAGAAGGUGUUACUGAAGAAGUUGCGCGGGUAGUUGUGCAUCCGGAUCUCAUAGCGGAAGCCUUACAGACUCGCUGUGAGCAGCUCUUUAUACGCUUCCAGUGCAGCGCUGAAUCACCUCCAUCUCCGAUACGUGACAAACAGCGCAAUGAGAUCCAAAUGUUGCUUUUACCACGUGAACUUCAUCUCAACGCGGUCACGUGUGGAGAAUACUGGAUGAACAAUAUCGGUAGCCUUGCCUUCAGCGGCUUCUCCGCCCCCAGCCACGUGCUCUACGUCCUCCCGCGCCCGCUCUACGAUCUCUUUACGUACGUAGCUCACUUAAUUCUCUCUGCAUUUCUACCACCCUACCACCCUCUGUGGCUAUUAUGUCAGAAGCAUGGACAUCCCACGAGCAGACAUGAGCGCUUGGGCGCUGUUAGGACUGAAAGAAGGAGAAUCCAGCCGCACUGUUAUCCGCCGCGCCUAUCAUCGACGAUCAUUGGAGUGGCAUCCAGACAAGUGGCACGCACUGGCGACUGCGUUGCCUCCAGUAUGGCAGCAGGAGUUAGGUGGAGUGUACGUUUUGAUCACACAGGCGUACGACCAGCUCACUUCGAGCAGCAGUCGUUAAACAACAACUUCAACACGAAACGUAGUGAUUUAGGUUAA